AUGCUUCACUCUCCGCUGAAAACAGCCCUGGCUUAUGAGUGUUUCCAAGACCAGGCCAGUUCUACAUUGGCCUUGCCCUCGGAUCACAAGCUGAAAACUAGGGGCACGGGAAAACAGAGAGUCCAGGAGCAGGUGAUGAUGACGGUGAAACGGCAGAAGCAAAAAUCCUCUCAGUCGUCGAACCUUGGGCACUCCAACCGAGGUUCCAUGUAUGAUGGUUUGGCUGAUGGCAUUAACUAUGGGACGACCCGGGGCAGCUAUUAUGCCAAAGCCCAGACAGGAAACAGCAACUGGGGGUAUCCGAUGUACAACGGGACCCUUAAAAGAGAGACAGACAAUCGACGCUUCAGCUCUUACAGUCAGAUGGAGGGCUGGGGCAGCCGGCACCUCAGCAAAGCCGUCUGCAGCCCCACCAGUCCCGGUGGCAACUACUGCCUCAAGAGCAGCCGGAGUGAGCCUGACCUGUGCUGUGAGCCUCCCCGGGGCACGCUCCGGAGAAACCAGGUGGGAAGCCACGCAGUGCAAAAGGCAACCCUGAACCGCCAGAGCAUGUACAGCAGCUGCAGCACCCACCAUGGGACCGCUAGGAAACCCAUCCCGGAUCGCAACCUCUCCUGCAACAAGCCGGAUGCGUUGUACGCCCAGCCCGUGACGGGCGGCAGGCAGGACGGGGUGUAUGGGCAUUCUAUGUCCAGCUCCAGAAUAUGCACUGAUGAGUUGGACAACAUGGCAAUGACCAUCCAGAAAGCCAUACAGCUCCUGUGCUCCUCGGAUGAGAAAUCUCAAGCCAUGGGUGCAUACUACCUCCAGCACACCUGCUUCCAGGAUGAAUCUGCCAAGCAAGAGGUCUACCGGCUAGGUGGAAUUGGCAAGCUAAUUGAACUCCUCCGCAGCCCAAACCAAAAUGUCCAGCAGGCUGCAGCUGGGGCUCUUAGAAAUCUGGUCUUCAGAAAUCCUGCCAACAAGUUAGAAACCCGACGGCAGAAUGGGAUAAGGGAGUGUGUGAGCCUCCUGAGGAGAACUCCGAACACUGAAAUACAGAAACAGCUGACAGGGCUGCUGUGGAACCUGUCCUCCACUGAUGAGCUGAAAGAAGAUUUGAUACACGAAGCCCUCCCUGUCUUGACAGAUUGUGUUAUCAUCCCUUUCUCGGGGUGGUCUGAUGGUGUCAGUAAUAGGACAAGAGAAAUUGUUGACCCUGAGGUAUUCUUCAAUGCUACAGGCUGUUUGAGAAACCUGAGUUCUGCAGAUGCUGGACGUCACACCAUGAGAAACUACCCUGGCCUGAUUGACUCAGUCAUGACUUAUACCCAGAAUUGUGUGGCUGCCAGCCGGCCUGAUGACAAGUCCGUGGAGAACUGCAUCUGUAUCCUGCACAAUCUAUCCUACCGCCUGGAUGCCGAGGUGCCCAAUAAAUACACCCAGCUCAACCACAUGGCCAGGAAUGCCUAUGUGGACAAGACCCUCACAGGCUGCUUCAACAGCAGGAGUGGGAAGCUGGAGAUCGAUGAGUAUGUUCUACCCAUUCCCGAUGAGGAGUACAAACCCAGAGGGCCCAGCUGGCUCUACCAUUCUGAUGCCAUCCGCACAUACCUGAACCUGAUGGACCAGAGCAAGAAAGAUGCCACCCUAGAGGCCUGUGCUGGGGCCCUGCAGAACCUCACUGCCAGCAGAGGACUGAUGUCCAAUGCAAUGAGCCAGCUGAUUGGCUUAAAGGAGAAGGGUUUGCCUCGUAUAGCGCGGCUCCUCCAAUCCAGUAACAGUGAAGUUGUCCGAUCUGGGGCUUCCUUGCUGAGCAACAUGUCCCGACAUCCUAUUCUCCACAAAACCAUGGCUCCCCAGGUGCUUCCAGAUGUGUCCCGUCUCCUGGCCUUCCAGUCCGGGAACAACAGCAAUUUGGGAGAUAUCAUGUCCUCCGCUUGCUACACCAUGCGGAACCUAAUCAUGUCCAACCCGCAGAUGGCCAAGCCUUAUUUGACGAGCAGCAUGCUAAAUAAUGUAGUAAACCUGAGCCGAAAUGGCUCCUGUCCAAAAGCAGCUGAAGCUGCUCGCCUCCUGCUGGGUGAUCUGUGGUCAUACAGGGAGUUCCAGGGCAUUCUCAAACAGCAAGGAUUCGAUAAGAACAUGUUGGGGUCCUUAACCGGGAGCACUUUCAGGACCCUGUCUUCCAGAUUCUAAGCAGAGACCUUCAGCACAAGUUCAGCCUGCAGAGUUUGUCGUUGGUUCGUGUCUGGAAUGACUUAAUCCUCAAGGGAUCAGUUAGGACAUUACAGAUAUACAGUGUUUAUAGAGUUAAUCCAACUGUAAAGCAAACUAAGUAUGCAAUUUUUUUGUGGUUGAUACAGAUAUUUUAAAGCAUUUUGGGGGGAGGGCGGAGGGAGGAGGAAUUUGAGUUUAAAGUUUUCUGUUGUCAAUAACUCUUUUUUUCAAAUUGUGUGUGUGUGUGUAGACACACAGAUACACACAGAGUGGGAUUUUCCAAAGAGAUACUUAAAACAGUUAAUUCCACAAUUUCCACUGAAAGCCAAUGGGCGUUGUGCACCUUCACCCACUUAGGCACUUAAGAAAAUCCCACCAUAUAGGUGUGUGUGUGUGUAUGUAUGUAUAUAUGCACUAAACACAACUGUACCAACCCAUGUCACAACCCAUUCUUAUGCAAAUGUGUAAAACUACUAAUUAUAUGCUAUGUGUUUAUUCCAUUGUAGAUGGCCACUGUAGACAGAUACAAACCAUAAUGUUUUAGAUGGCUGGUUAUUUCUAAACUUGGUGGACAUGGGCUUCUUUCUGCUUUUGACUCUUUGUCAAGUGAGCUUUCAUAUUCAGAGAUAAGUAUUUUCUCUCAUAGGUUACAUGGUUUCUAAAUCUCAAGAAGCAAAUUCAUGUCUGAGAAAUAGAACAGGUGUACUUGUGGCACCCUAUAGACUAACAAAUUUAUUUGAGCGUAAGCUUUUGUGGGCUACAGCCCCUUUCAUCGG